GUCGGAUGUUAGCGAGUCGUUCUAGCAGAGUCACGUGAUCUUCGUUGAAGUGGAAGGUUUAAACCGCUAUUCCCAGUUUUUAAGCUUUGUCGCGCUCCGUUUUAAAUCGUAGUUGAGUCUGGUCUAAAAAAAGCGAGCGUAAUGACAUGAUUUUCUGGUGUGCUCCAAAGAGGGUAUCUAAUGUCAAGAAAAUAAUAGUUUGCCUUGCUUGGAUAGCUAGCUAGUUAGCUAACGCGUAUCUUAGUCUAUAACUGGAUACGCGUGCUAUUAAAUGUAAAUGCAACAAUGUUCUAUUUGAUCGGUCUUGGUCUUGGUGAUGUGAAGGAUAUCACUGUAAAAGGAUUAGAAGUUAUCCGACGAUGUACUCGCGUCUAUCUGGAAGCCUACACGUCCGUGCUGACCGUCGGGAAGGAAGCACUGGAGGAGUUCUAUGGUCGUGAGCUGCUGUUGGCAGACAGAGAUAUGGUGGAGCAGGCGGCGGAUGAGAUCCUUAAGGGCGCUGAUGUCAGUGACGUGGCCUUUCUGGUGGUGGGUGAUCCAUUCGGAGCAACAACCCACAGUGACCUGGUCCUAAGAGCAGUGAAUGCAGGAAUACAGUACCGUGUCAUCCACAAUGCCUCCAUUCUGAAUGCAGUGGGGUGCUGUGGACUGCAGCUGUACAACUUUGGCGAGACUGUAUCCAUUGUGUUCUGGACAGAUAGUUGGAAACCAGAGAGCUUCUAUGAUAAGAUCAAGAGGAAUAGGGAGAUGGGCAUGCACACACUCUGUCUGCUAGAUAUCAAAGUCAAAGAGCAGUCCACGGAGAAUCUAAUGAGGGGUCGUAAAAUUUACGAGCCACCCAGGUUCAUGACUGUGGCUCAGGCGGCCGAGCAGCUCCUGGAGAUAGUAGAGAACCGGAGAGAGCAAGGAGAGAAACUGGCAAUCACCGAGGAGACAGUAUGUGUAGGUCUGGCAAGGGUGGGCAACGAUAACCAGGCCAUCCGAGCAGGUUCUCUGCGUGAGAUGGCUUCAUCUGAUCUGGGAGGUCCACUACACUCCAUGCUCAUCACUGGCCACCUCCACCCUCUUGAAGUGGACAUGCUCAAGCUCUUCAGUGACCCUGAGGGUCUCAACAGCUUGAAGAUGACAGACAGCUCCACAUACACCUCCUGAGAUCCUCUGGAGAACAGUGGGCUUUGGUAAAUUGCUACCCAAAUGUUCAUGCAGGAGACUGGCUGUGAAGGAAAGCAAUCAAAUCUCAAAGGUUAUCCAACUGAACCCCAGAGCUGCCAGAGGUUAAAAGAAACCACAUGAAUUACAUAAUUGUUAUUGCAGGUCAAACAGAACUGCUCUCAGAGGAACAGCUGAGCUGAGCUUGCAUUUCAUUAUAGGAUUUGAGUAAGGGCCACUUAAUUAGCUAUAUGUGUGGCUGCUGCAUGUAUUGUCAGAGAACGGCAUGAUAAAAUUACACAGAAGAAAAUGAAAAAAGGUAAUUGAGAGAAAGACCUCAUCUGGGUUGAAUUAGUAACUUAGUGAAUUUGGAAUCCUGCAUUUGAAUGGAUGACUUCCUAAAUGCAAAUGAUUUGUAUGAAGAUGAACAGUGUAUUUUUGACCUGUGGAUAUAAGGUGUUUGACCUUAUAUCAACUUGUACUACACCGCAUCGUGAUGCUUAGGCCAUGGUUUGGUUCCUACAGUGAAAAAUUACGUUUUCCAUUCUGUUCUCCCAGUCCCUGACAUUUUUGGAUGUGCCUUAGGGGUGCUUGGUGGGACUCUCCUCUCUUCAUUAGUCUCUAUAUGACAUUUUCUGUGAGUGCCAUUUGGAAAACUGCUUCCAUUGUGUUUUUUCAUUUGUUCAAAAAUGUCUCAUGAUUUAUUAUUAAGGGUCGAGUUAUUUUGCAAUUGUGUAUGCAGACAACCCUGACACACUUAAUUUGAGUAGCUGUCAAAUGUUCAACACUGCACUGGAAAAAGUAGUGCAUUUACUAAAAUCCAUUUUAUGAAGGCAUUGAUCAAUUAUACCUUAAUGUAUCCAUUGAAGCAGUUUGUUACUUGUGCUAUUAUCCACUAACUGCCUUAAAUGGUUUCUUUCACUGAACAAGUAACUACAUCUCUAACCCAUUUUCAUCCAGCUGAAAGUUGAGAUGUAACUUGUCUUCAUAUAAGAUUGUCCUCUACUUUGUCAGAGGGGGAGGGGGGGGGUGAAAAAAAAAAGCUAGAAUCUUACAUAAUAUCCUUUAUUACAUUGCACAAAUGUACUGGCCAGUGGCAAAGGUGGGCUAUUUAAUAAAAAUCCAGGAAGGUAAUUAAA